AUGGAUGUAGGCGUAAAACUGAACGUUAUAAAUAAACAAGAGCAUCUCGUGAAUGACCAUAAUAGCCUGAAGGCCGGCGAGGUUUUGACCAGUGCAGAACUAAAAAAAGUGUUAAAGUUUGUCUACGGCGCGGCAGUAAUUGGCGGCAAUGGAUUGGUUAAAAUUGGUCGGAAAAAGAUCCGGAUACAUCUACCACAAGCGGUGAAGCACAUACACCACCACAAGAAGAUAUACAUAACAAACCAUCCCGCGCCCUCCCAAUAUGCGCCGGCGUACAUGCCGAGCGCUGAGGGCGCGGUCGCCGUGCCAACGAAUAUCGCACUGCCGGCCGUUGCCAAGCUGAUGCCAAUCAAUUCGGUUGACGUGAUCGAGGAGUCCGUACGAGUGCCAGGCCUGGCUGCCUCCGGCUCUAAGCUGCUGCCGCUAUACAGAGCCCGUGGUUUUUACGGACCCACGCACAGUGAGUUGGAUGAGCAAGAUUAUGAAGUGCCCACUUCUGUGCUUGCACCGGCGCAAGACGCCCGACACGCGAAGAGGGUCAAGGUGGUGAAAGUGAACGAGCCCCCCAGAAAGAAGGUCACCCAAAAGGCAAAACCCAAGAGGGCGCCACCGCGGAAACCGGUGCCGUCACAUCAUGACGACGAGCACCCCGUGUCGACUUUCCAUGAGCAAUUCUAUUCUGACGUGCAAGACUCUGGCAUGAUAAGGAAGAUCAAGAAGCCGCCGCGGGUCGAGAAAAUCGUGGACGGCAAUACUGAACACAUACACACCUACAGCGAAGAACACAUACACAAAGUUGUCUUCGAUGAUGAGCCAAAUUACUCCGGGAUCGUGGGUGUUGAACCUACGGGAGCAAUGUCAGCUUACGCACCCUUCAUACCUUUAAAGAACGGACAGCUACUUGCGAUGGCUUCAAAUCCGUACCAAACGCUGGCCGUGACGGGUUCUAUGGGAACCCCGUCGCAGUACGAAUAUGCGGCAUAUAACCCGCGCGAGGUAACUCACGACCACAUAUUCCACGAUCAUGGUGAACUACCCGAGGAAGUCGAUCUGACUGGCGAUAUCUUGAGUCUACCGCCAAAAGUUUCGUACAACAGCCAGGGUCUACGAAUAGGCGCAGGCCAAACGAAUAGGGUCAAAAGUCGAUACCCACAAAGGUCUACAAAAGCUCCCCCCAGUGAUUACACGUAUUACGAAAGCAUUUAUUCACCAAAUCAAGCGAAACCGACGAAAGCGUCUACCGCCGCGCCAUUCUAUGUGCAUUCUCACGAUGAGAGCCUUAGUGAAUUCAAACCGGUGUCGACGUAUAGGUUUAAGGAGGGCAUUAGUAGCAAGGGCCGCAACAAGGUGCCCACGUAUUACGGGAAACCGGCUACGGACUACCGCUUGAAACAGCAAACCAACGUGCCAGCCCCUUUUUCCGUUUCCUCUAAAAUUAUUCACGAUUACACACCGAGCCCGCAAAGCUACCAGGCUGGCGCGUCCUUCGGUAACGGUUUGUCCCUAUACGAGGACGCUAACCCGUUCGUUAACUUCAAAGACAACGUAAACAAUUUCGAAUACGACAGCUACGCGUCACCCACGAACGUACACCGAGUCGAGGGGAAGAGUCGCAACUCUGUUUACGGUCCAAACCGGAAAGGCGCGAAGUCUUUUUCCACGCAGAACGUCAAUUUCGGAACGAGGGGCCUUCAGAAUUUUCCGGAUAACUUCGUGAACGACGCUGUACUAUUCGGCGACCACGACGGUGCCCCCUCCGCUUUGGAAAAUGUAGACAGUCUCGACCAAUCGCAGUUCCUCGGUAGCGUAACCCCAGUGGCUUAUACCGCAAAGGAUUCGCCGCGCCCCUAUCAAUACUACACGGCCAUAGCAGUCAAGACUUUAAGCGACGACCAACUGUCUGAGCCUGACGCCUCAAAUACCAACUUUCAGUAUGCGGAAGCGCCGACGCUAACAACAACACCUGUUCCUUUCGCCGUAGCAACUACGUCAUCAGCACAAAACUACCAGACGAAUCAAGUUUCCGCUGACUCGACGUCGAUCCGACCACAACCCGACGAAAAAAAAGAAAAUAAAAAAUACGCCACCAACGAUAAAAACACCAGCAAGAGCACAUCGCCGCAAGAAAGGCAUCGUGCUAUGAAACAAAUAGAACCGCCAACAAAUGUUUAUAAAUACCGAUUCCAUUCAUCUCAGAAACAAGGUUUAAAUGUCAUCAGUCCUUCAACAGAAAGGAGUAAACUUCGAUAUGGGGACAAAAUU